UAACCCCGACUUUUGUUGUUUACAUUGACAACCAAGAAAAAAAUUCAGUAAAGUUUGAACUGUGAAAAUGUCGCGCCCAAAAUAUUUCACACCAAAUGAAGUGGCGAUACAUAACACAGUAGAUGAUUUGUGGGUCUCUUUCCUUGGAAAAGUGUACAAUCUGACUCCCCUGUGUGAAAAAUAUCAAGGUGAUGUCUUGCUGAAACCCAUCGUACAAGCUGCAGGAAAGGAUAUCUCACACUGGUUUGACAGGAAGACCAAAGAUAUACGUACCCAUGUAGAUCCACAAACAGGCUGCAUGAUUCCCUACUGUCCAAAUGGAAGGUUUGUUCAUAUCCCACCGCCAUACCCAGAGUCUUCAUGGGCCAACGAUUUUGGUCGUCCCUGGUGGAAGGAUGAUAGCUACCUUGUUGGUAUUCUCUCAAAGAAAACCAGAAAUAUCAAAAUCAUCAACACAUUGACAUCGCAGGAACAAAAUAUUGAGGUAUGUUCAGAAGAAAUCAUGACGGAAAUUCUGCAGCGAUACCUGAAGUACAAUGCCCAUGCGGCUAGCUACACGUGGAAAUACAAUGGCAGAAAUCUGGAUAUGAAUAAAAAUCUCGAGGAAAAUAAUAUUCAGGAUGACGAUGAAGAUUUUUACAAACUGAGCAUGAACGAUGAUUCUUUCUUACAAUGUGUGCAUUUGUACUACAAUGACGAUCUCACAGAAGCUUGAAUAAUAUAUAAACUGAAAAUAUAAGCUUGAAUAAUAUAAACUGAAAAAUAUGUUGAAAAUUUUUUUUCAAUGUAAAAUUUAACAUUUCAAAUGAUAUGUAUGGGUGUAAUGCACUGUGCUUAUAUGAUGACAAUUUGUUAAAUAUAAAAUAACUUUAAAAUACAUGUCCCAGCCGGCUUUUAUUGACAAUUCUAUUUCAGUUACUAGUAGUUACAGGCAGUUUUUAAAAGACAGUAUUUUUAAUGCACCAGUUUUUUUUUUUGUAUAAGAAUUUGUCAAAUAAUUUUGUUGAAAUAUAAUUAUAAUUGUUACUAGA